AUGUUCUCCGCUAGAGCCGUUCUCUUUGUGACCGUGUUGGCACUCCUCAAUAUUUUCGCCGUUGCCACUCCCCCAGGAUGCCUUAUUGCUGCUAUCAAUACCCAAGAGGAUCCGUCUGACAUGGACGUUAUGUGCGGAUCUGCAUCCAAGAAAGUCCAAAACGAAAUCGUCAAGCUCUGCGACGACUCCAACGUCCAGGCGGCACUAAAUGCUUAUUCCAAAUCAUGCUCCGAAUCCGGAAACAAAGUCGAUUUGGCUAACAGCCCCUGUCUCGCCACAGAACUCAUCGAGAUUUCUACCACCCUAGCCACCAUGUCUGCAACUGGAUCUCCCACUGGAUCGGCUACCUCUCCUGUUCAGCCAACGGGUUCGGCCACCACCACCUCCGGCAGCGAGCCUAUAGAGACCGGAAAUGCUGCAUCUUCACUUAAAUCCCAGUCCUUCGCAUUGGCAGCUAUGGCAGCGAUUGUCGGAGCUGCUAUUCUGUAG